AUGGCUGACGAACAAUUUAAGGUAACGCAGUUGAAAGCAACCUUACGGCGACUGGAAUUAGUACAAACGGGCGACAAAGCCACGUUAUUAAGAAGACUCUACGCACACGAUCCGAGCGGUGCCUGGAAGAACAUCGCGAGGAGAAUAGACGCGGAGGAGAACGAGAGAGGUCAACGGACAGACAACGUAGAAGACGCGGCAGCGGGACAGGGCGAUCGACUGGACGAAGGAGACGCAGCAGUGGGACAGGACGAUCGACUCGGAGACAUAGUGACUGGCUUAUCCAGAGACCUCGAACGUAUGCAACGUGAAAACGAUCUUAUGAGACGACAGCUUGAAGAAUUAAGUAUGGAAAGGAACAGAGCGGCAGGACAUGUGCCGGCAGCCAUUACGAGAAACAAUAGUGCUGUUGGUACUGUUGCCACGCCGCGCCCCUCCAUUACGGCCCUAGGGGAAUUGCUCAGUGAAUUCUCAGGAGCGGAAGACACUUUUGGUAACUGGCGAAAACAACUAGAACUCGUACGCGGCACGUAUAACCUAGACGAUAAUCACACGCGCAUCCUAAUCGGCAUGAGAUUGAAACAGAAAGCUUUGAAAUGGUUUCACGCAAAAUCAGAACACCUGGAGAUACCGGUGGCUCAGUUGAUUGAUCGUAUGGAAAAAAUGUUCGAUUAUCGUCCGGCGAAAAUAGAACUGCGGCGGAAAUUUGAGAAGAGACACUGGCGUACCGAUGAACCUUUCAGUGACUACUAUUACGAUAAGGUGAUACUGGCGAGUAAGCUAUCCAUCGACGACGACGAAUUGAUUGAUUGUGUUAUCGAUGGAAUACCAGAAACUCCUCUUCGCAAUCAAGCACGAAUGCAGCGCUUCAAGACGAAGGAGGACUUAAUGAGAGCGUUUGAGCAGAUCAAGUUGCGGCCAGAAAACAAGAAUCGGCAAGGGCGCUACGGAGAAAGAUCGAGAGACAAGACGGAAGAGAAACCGCCAUCGAAAUCCAAGGAGGGAGAGCAACGACAAGGAAGCAAAUGCUACAAUUGCAAUAAGGAGGGACAUAUUGCAAAGAAUUGUGACAAGGCCAGAAGAGAACGAGGUUCCUGCUACGAGUGUGGAUCAACGGAUCAUCUGGUGCGGGACUGCAAGAAGAAGAAGCAGACGACAGCUGUGGCAGCGGCAGCGACGAGUCCUAAGGAAUCGCAAGGGGAGAUCUCCAAUGUGAUUGUGUCGCGUGAGUGUGAUAACGAAUAUCGCAAGCGGGCAGAAGUGCAAAUAAGUGUGGACGAACUGGAGUGUAAAUUUAUCGCGGAUUUGCAAUUAGAUACCGCAUGUCCAAUUAGUUUAAUUAAGACGAGAUUUAUUCCCCCCAGCUUAAUAACGCGAGUAAAGAGUGAGCAUUACGAAGGCAUAAAUGGGUCCGCGCUAGAAGUUCAGGGCAUCGUAAAAGCAAAUAUUCGUAUUGAGAACGCGAUAGCAAAGGACGUGAUAUUACGUAUUGUACCAGAACGUACAAUGAAGUGUGAUGCGUUGGUAGGUAGAGACGCGUUGAAAAAGCUAGGCUUGACGAUGAAUAAGCAACCACAAGAGUGCGAGGCCAAAAAUAUAGCGAACGAGAUAUUAAGUAUUGAUGUGAGUGAAACAGUAAGUAACGCGAUUGACAUGUUAGAUAUAGGUCCAGAUUUGCCAUACGCGGUAAGGUGUCAAGUUAAAGAAAAGUUUCAAACGAAAUACUUGCAAGCGGAGAGGCCUACAGAGCCAAAGAUAAAAGCCGAAUUAAAGUUGAGUAUAAAGGAUAAACAACCGUUUCAUCAUGCGCCUAGUAGACUAACUGUAGGUGAGAAAGGUAAAUUGCGUGCGAUACUGGAUGACUUAUUAAAGAGAGGUAUAAUCCGUCCUAGCGUAUCCGAGUAUGCGUCAAGAACCGUAUUGGUGCAAAAGAAAAACGGAACCACGCGGUUAUGUAUAGAUUUUCGUACGUUAAAUAAAAUUACGGCGCGAGAAAAUUAUCCAUUACCGAUAAUUGAAGAACAGGUCGAGGCGCUAGCAGGAAAACGUUAUUUCACAUCAUUAGAUCUGAAGGAAGGAUUCCAUCACGUAAAUGUACACGAUGACAGUAUAAAAUAUACCGCCUUUAUUACGCCUUUCGGCCAAUUUGAGUACUUAAAGAUGCCAUUCGGGCUCAAAAAUGCACCUGCACGAUUUCAGCGGUAUGUUAACGAAAUUUUUGAACCAUUAAUUAGAACUGGAUUGGUUUUGGUAUACAUAGACGAUUUCCUGAUAGCAACCGAGACUGUUGAAGAACACAUGGAAGUACUCGACCAUGUUUUAAAAAUACUCGUAGAAAAUAAGCUAGAACUGCGACAAAAUAAAUGUAAAUUUAUGUACACGAAGAUUGAAUUCUUAGGUUAUAUGAUUUCGGGUGACGGAAUACAGCCAAACAACGCAGGAAUAACGGCAGUAAAAUGCUUUCCAAUGCCUACAUGUGCUCGAGAAGUGCAAAGCUUCUUAGGUUUGUCGUCAUACUUCAGAAAGUUUAUCAAAGACUUUUCGUUGAUUGCUGGACCUUUAUAUGACUUAGUUAAGAAAGACGCGAUUUUUCAAUUUGGUCCCAAACAGAGAGAAGCAUUCGAGCUACUAAAAGACAAGCUGACGUCGAGGCCUAUUUUAUCUAUAUACAAUCCGACUGACGAGACAGAACUACACUGUGACGCGAGUGCUCGAGGAUAUGGCGCG